AUGUUGGAAGAAGCCUUCCAGGAGACACACUAUCCGGAUCAAACUGCGAAAAAAGACAUGGCCGAGAAAUUGGAUAUACCAGAAGACAGGAUUACGGUAGGUUUU